UGUAUCAAUCCCAAGGCUGUAUUCAGUCUCAAGAUACAAUGGCCGAACCCGACACCACCCUCAAACGCAAGCGCGAUGAAGACUUCGAACCCAUCGAAGUCGACCUCUCCCUCCCCACCCCCUCCUCCAAAAAGGCCGCCCGCAAAGGCAAGAAGUCCGCCCCCACCACAUCCUCCACAACCCUCGAAACUACCGACCCCUCCGCCCCUGAACCUAAGAACCCCAACCACACCCGCUCCCCCUACGGCAUCUGGAUCGGCAACCUCCCCUGGACCACCACCAAGCCGCUCCUCCGCGCUUUCUUUAACGACAACGGCGUCCUCGACGCGGUCAUCACCCGCGUGCACCUCCCACCCCCCAAGAAAGCCGACCUACCGCACCCGAACUCCGUGCGGCCGCCGCCGCAGAACAAGGGGUUCGCGUACGUCGAUUUCUCGUCGCAGGAGGCCCUCGACGCCGCGCUGGCGCUGUCGGAGAAGGAGCUGGACGGGCGGAACGUGCUGAUUAAGAAUGCGACGAACUUCGAGGGGCGGCCGGCGGUGGUGAAAACGGAGAAUGGGGCCGAGGGGGGGGCGCAGAGUGCUGCGGAUCCAGGGAAGAAGCCGAAUAAGCGGGUGUUUGUCGGGAAUCUGUCGUUUGAUGUGACGAGGGAGGAUCUGUUGGAGCAUUUUGGGCAGUGUGGGGAGGUGGCGAUGGUACAUGUCGCGACGUUCGAGGACUCAGGGAAGUGUAAGGGGUAUGCGUGGGUGACGUUCGAGGAGCUGGAGGGCGCGGAGGCGGCGGUGAAGGGGUGGGUGCUGGUGCCCGAGGAGGGCGAAGAGUCUGAGGAGGAAGAAGAGGACGAAGAAAAGGAGGGAGAGGCGAAGGUCAAGGUGGCGAAGAAGAUGCGCCGGAAGAAUAUCAAACGGAUCGCCGGCCGGCCGAUGCGGUGCGAGUUCGCGGAGGACGCGGAGACGCGGUAUAAGAAGCGGUAUGGCGGACCGAAAGGGGAGCGGAAGCCGUUCGCGGCCAAUGGUGGUGGUGCCCGUGAGGCGGGCUCAGGCGAGCAGGAGGGCGGCGAUGUGGCGCGAGCGGAGAACUCGUAUGCCGGGAAGCCUCACGAGAAGAAGAAUCGGAAGUCCAGAGCUCCGCAUGUCGCGGAGGCGCCGAUGAGGGCGUCCGUGGCAAUUGUGGAGGGGGCGGGGAGGAAGACGACGUUUGAUUGAUUGAUAUUAUGAGAUUUCGAUGAGAGAGGGAGAGGGUUGGUUGGGGGGUGUUUAAAAAUCAUCGGGGAAGACGCGUGAAAUUUCCACAUCGUAUAUAAAUACAACUUUCCGCGCCGCUGAGACGCAGGUACGCAUUGUCUUGCAUAACCUACAUGCAUGCAUGCCCUUGACUCCAAGUAAUCUAGUACAGCAAGGAAACUAAUAACCAACCGGAAUAUCUCACCCUCGUGCCCUGCUCCCACUCCCCUCGCUGCUAUCCUCCUCCGCGUCGCUCAACUCGACCUUCUCAUCCUGGUACGGCUCCUCAUCCUCCUCACUAAACAACUCCUCC